GGCCACUCCAGAGGAUCUCUGAAUUUCGUUUCAGCCUGGCUUACGAACAAACAGUGUAAAUUGAAACAAUUUAGUUAUAGUUCGUAACUUAACGCGUGCUUACAUUAGUAUCUGUUAAAUGUAUCAAAUUACACAAAUACGAUUAGACUGCAAUCAGACAAUGUGAUGCUUCUGUCACAUGAUGUACAAUACAAACAGUAUGAAUAGAUCUACAUUCAAUAAACUUAUCACAUGAUGAUCAGAUGAUUCUCAUAAAUAACCAAAUAGAAGCCAUACAUAGUAUAUCCUCUUCAUAGUUAUAUGUUGUGGAUGCAUACCUAAACUACAGCAACAGGUAAAAUGAUGUCCUCAGUGCUUUGCCCUGUGUUGCUACUCCUGGCCCUAGCAGGUUGUCAUGCUGCAGACAUGGCUGAUGAGGUGAAGACUCUACCAGGCCUCACAAAGCAACCAUUCUUCAAACAUUACUCGGGGUAUCUCGCAGCUACAGAUGGGAGAAUGCUACAUUACUGGUUUGUAGAGUCUCAAAGGGACCCUGCCAGUGAUCCUCUAGUACUAUGGUUGAAUGGAGGCCCAGGUUGCAGCUCCUUAGAUGGACUCCUAACGGAGAAUGGACCAUUCACAAUUGCAGAUGAUGGGGCAACAGUGAAAUACAACCCCUACAGCUGGAAUACUGUUGCUAAUGUAUUAUAUAUUGAGGCACCAGCUGGAGUGGGAUUCUCAUACAAACCAGACUCAAACUACACCACAAGUGAUGACCAGGUUUCUCUUGACAACCUUAUGGCAAUUAAAAGCUUCUUUAAGAAGUUUCCUGAAUACAGCAAAACUGACUUCUAUAUCACUGGUGAAAGUUACGGAGGAAUCUACGUCCCAACACUGUCAGCCAGGGUAGUGGAUGAACCAGAAAUUAACUUUAAGGGGUUUGCAGUGGGUAAUGGACUCAGCAGUGAUGCAACCAAUGACAACUCUAUCAUAUACUUCUGGUACUACCAUGGCCUCAUUGGAACAACCCUAUGGAAUGCCCUCCAGAAAUAUUGUUGCACAAAUGGAGUCUGUAACUUCUUCAACCCAACAUCUUCAGAGUGCAGGGAACAGGUGUCACUAGCAGGUUCUAAGACAGUGGGGAUCAACGUAUAUGACAUGUACCAGGAUUGCUAUGGAGGAGCUGGUAAAUAUGGCAUCUACCAUCCUCACUUUUCACAUCUCUUCAGGAACAACCCUCAAAUACAAGAGCAGAGAAAGAGACUGCUCCAGUCCAACCCUGGACUAGGUGAGGUACCCCCCUGUGUUAAUGUUACAGCUGAGACAAACUGGUUGAACAUUCCAGCAGUAAGGCAAGCUCUCCAUAUAUCAGCCAUGUCUCCUGCCACAUGGGCAGUAUGCAGUGGAGAUGUUGGUGAACACUAUAUAAGAAAUUACAAUAGUAUGGUAGCUCAAUAUAGAAAAGUAUUAGCAAAAGGCAAGCGAAUCAUGGUGUACAAUGGAGAUGUAGACAUGGCUUGUAAUUUCCUAGGAGACGAAUGGUUUGUAGAUGCUUUAAAUCUGCCUGUGAAAGAGAAACGCAAGCAGUGGUUCUUCGAUGAUGGCUCUAUGCAAGUAGCUGGCUUUGUGAAACAAUAUGAACAGCUUUCCUGUGUAACAGUAAAGGGCUCGGGUCACUUUGUUCCACAUGAUAACCCAAUAGCAGCUCUGAAGAUGAUUUCAACAUUUCUACAAAAUAAACCAUUCUAGUUGGCUAUCUUCACUGUAACAAAGGACAGUCAUAAAGCUCAAUAAUUCUACCACCAUGCCAUAUUGACUAAGUAACUUGAAUACUCCUCUGGCAAUUAGCCUCGGACUGAUUUUAAAGCCAAUUGAAGUACCGGCAUGCAUGUUUGAGCAAAAUGCUAAGCAACAGUGUCCAUUACUAGCAAUCUAACAUUCCAAUUUCUUGAAUACAGUUUGGCCAAAGGAUUUUAUUGAAGAAGCCCUGAUCUACAUAUCUAGAGUGGCACUGCCUGUACUGUUUUAAUAUGUCUGAGCCAAAUGAAUACAGUAUUAAUAUAGAACCUCCCUUUGAUUCUCUUGAGAGGCUUCACUUCUCACAAUUUUAAACCACAAACUCAAGUGAAUACCUGAAGAUAUGUGUGCUAAUGUUUGUUAACUGAUUUAGAAGAAAACAAUCUUAUAGAUCAAAUUUAUUUUAAUACAUAGACAUGAACUGGCUUUGUUUAUAGCAUACAGCACUUGAAGAAAAUUUGAAAAGAUCUCGUUACUACAGUAACUCAUACAUGAUAGACAUACAAAUCCUUCAUGUUUAUAACAUGUAAAUUGUUUGCUACAUCAUCAUUUGUUGUGUAGCUCUAUGUAUGUA